AGCAGAACUUCCAAGGGGGCCAAAACUCGAAGCCAUGUGAAGCUCUAGCGCAUCGGUUAUCAUCUGCUCCAUCAUAAAUAACCUUAAAAAUUUAGAAAAAUAUAAAUAAAAAUAAAAAUAAAGCCCAAAAUGGCAGGGCUGAAGCUGAGCAUGGCAGCCUCAAUCUGCGUCAAACCAAGCAAAUGGGUCCGAACCAUAGCCACCACCACCAGCCGGGCUCCACCCUCACUCCACCUAACCCGGCGCACGAUAGUCCCCUCGUCAUCCUCGGCCCAAUUUAGCAUCCCCCUUCCCAAUAAAAACCUACCUGUUUUUAGAUUUGCCUCUCCCACCUGUUUGUCUUCCUCCGCAAAAAAUAAAGGAGCCUUCAACGGGUCGGAUUCCGGGUCUGGCGGCAUUCUCGCGGAUAUGGAUUUGGAUUCCAAAACGUCUCCGUUGAUGCAACAGCAGCAAGACCACCAGCCGAAGUUGUCUUCUUCUAAUAAUUCGUCUUCCAAAAUUUUAACGUUGCCGACUAUUUUAACCCUCGGCCGUGUCGCCGCCGUGCCGCUGCUAAUCUUCACCUUUUAUGUUGAUAGUUGGUGGGGAAGGACUGCUACAACUAGUAUUUUUAUUGCUGCUGCUGUCACUGAUUGGCUUGAUGGGUACAUUGCUCGAAAGAUGAGGUUACGUUCUGUCUUUGGUGCAUUUUUGGAUCCAGUCGCUGAUAAGCUUAUGGUUGCUGCUACUUUGGUCUUAUUAUGUUCAAGACCUUUGAGUGUUGCUAUGUUUGGGCAAGUGCCAUGGCUACUGAUUGUACCAUCAAUAGCCAUUAUCGGAAGGGAGAUAACCAUGUCGGCCGUUAGGGAAUGGGCUGCUUCUCAGAAUAGUAAGCUUUUAGAGGCUGUUGCAGUAAAUAAUCUGGGGAAGUGGAAAACUGCUACGCAGAUGGUUGCAUUAACCAUCCUUCUGGCUACACGAGAUAGCAGCCUCGGGGAACCUGGGAUUUUAGUAGCUUCAGGUGUUAUUUUGCUCUAUAUUUCAGCGGGGCUUUCUGUAAUGUCAUUAGGUGUGUAUAUGGGGAAGAUAUGGAAAGUAUUAAUAAAGUAGUUUUCUUCAUCUGCCGCGUUGCAUUGGCUUGUGUACUUUUGUUGCUCAUGGUUUGCGGCUGAUCUCUGAUGUUACUUCUGGUCCUUUUCUGAUGAAUGUCUUCACAUAUUGAAGCUGGGUUCUUUAUUUAAGUGGAUUAAGGAGAAAGCCCUUGCUUUUUGAAGUUCACUCAUAUCGAAGUUACGUUUUAAUUAAAUAGUGUUGGUGAUGGUAGUAUCAAUAUAUUUGUGGGCUGUGCCCAUGUCUUAAAUUUCGGAAUUUUUUGGGUCAACACGAUUGAUGAUGAGGGUUUAGAUGUCGGACUGUGGUGUCUUUUAUUUUUGUGGAGGAUGCUGGGUACUGAAAGUAAGUUGAGUCCCAACAGAAGCACAUUUUGCACUGUAAUUUGCUACUGCAACUAGAGAUGAAGAAACUCUUACUGAACGAUUGGAGUGUACUUGUGUAAAUGACAAUUACUAAUCAAGUAGCUGCUCGGAAGUUAUACACAAGUAAUAAUACAUACAUAUAUGGGGCAUAUUAUUUUAUUUAUAGCAAAAAUUUCAUACAUGUUCUCCUUUUA